GAGAACGAUGUGAGGAAGUUUCAAACUGUUACAGAUUAAUUCCAUUUAUAAUAAUCAUAAAUGGAUGAAAUAUACGAUAUUGAUGAUAGUUGUUUAUUCACCACUAUUACUACUACUUCACAUGAUCCCACUCAAUCACAAAAAAAUAAUGAUGACCUUAUCUUAUUCCCAAGUAUUAAAUGCGGAACCUCUUAUGAUAGAAAGAAAAAUGAUCUACUAUGGAAAUUAACAACGCCGUUAUCAUCUUCAUCUCCCUCAUCAUUAAUAACAACAACAUCUCAUUCAUUAACAUAUUUAAACCGUCAUCAUUUUUCAAAUGCCCAUUCAAGAAAUGUAACUAAACAUCACAUUCAGCAUCAUCAUCAACGAAAUGCUCGUUUAAGUAUAAAUGCUAGAGAAAGACGACGAAUGCAUGAUUUAAAUGAUGCAUUAGAUGAUUUACGCAGUGUUAUCCCGUAUGCACACAGUCCAUCUGUAAGAAAACUGUCAAAAAUCGCUACAUUGUUAUUAGCGAAAAAUUACAUUCUAAUGCAGGCAAAUGCAAUUGAUGAAUUAUACAAAUUAAUCAUACGUCUUAACUCACAAAUUCAACAGUCAGACUCUUUAUUAUUAAAUGAUGAUCAUAAAAGCAUCACAUUUGAACCUAUCAAAUCGAAAUUACUGGAUACUACUCACCUUGAUAGCAACUGUAAUAUUCCAAGUAAUGUUAUAUAUACAUCUCCUGUCCACCCGAUAUCUUUCCCAUCUCACCUACCUCCAUGUUCAAUGUCAAGUUCAUCAGAAAACAAUAAGUAAAACAAAGCACCUAUCAAUAAACUACUACAUUUUUUCAAUAAUGAUAAUAAUAACUUAAAGAUCUUCAGAGUUGAAGUGCAAUAUAGUUGGUCAGCUUAACUAAUGAUUUCACUAAACAAUUUGAAUGGAUUUUCUUAUAACAUCUGUAAAAGUGUUUAUUAGGGUAUUAUUUGACGUUUAUUUCAAUUGAUAUACACUAACUGUUUAACUUGGAACUAUAAUUUGGAACAUUUUAAGAUGGUUUAUCAGUUAGUUUUUCUUCUGAUCAAUUUAGAAUUUUGUCAUUAUUAUGACUGAUUUACAUUCCUUUGUAACAUGGCUCCAAUGGGAGCCGUUUGCAUAUAUUAGUAAUCAAUUAUAAUUGAAUCAUAUACACAUUCUAGAAAUAUUUUCUCAUGUUAGUAGAUGUCUUUCAUUUUAAAUAUAUAUAUAUAUAUUCACUGGAAAUUGCUUUGUGUAUACCAUUAAAUGAAUAUAAUUUACACAGGGUAAAUAAAAACAAAAAUGAAAUACUACUUUUUAUUUAAAUAGAACUUGC